AUGUCCCAAAUACCCGACGAUGCCAGCAGUAUGAGUGAUGAUGUCUUCGAAGACCCCGAAACUACACAGCGCCGUGUAGAGGAGUCCAGGCGCCGUAAAGAUUAUGCCAACACCGAAUAUAGUUUAACUAGAGGUUCUGGCUAUUAUGGCGAUGGAGCUCUGGCAUCAUCCGAAUAUUGUCGCUCUCAAAUGCCCAGUGGCUAUCCGGGUUAUAGACCACCGCGGGAAGCUUUACAAAUGUAUGCCUUAGAAGAUGCUGGCUAUACAAUAGAUGAUUAUGAUGAUGGUUGGCGUUCCUAUCACUACGAUGAGGUGGGUAUGCCAUCUCAUCUGACUCACCAACAUUUACCACCAUUCGAUGAUACGGUUAAUCACAAGACUAUAUUGCUGGGUGAUUCUGGAGUGGGAAAAACUUCUUUUCUGGUUAAAUACAAUACAGGAGAAUUUCGUUUGGGUUCAUUUUCUGCUACAGUGGGCAUUGCAUUAACGAAUAAAGUGGUGGUGGUCGAUGGCACAAGGGUUAAAUUACAAAUUUGGGAUACAGCUGGCCAGGAACGUUUUCGUAGUGUUACUCAUGCCUACUACAGAGAUGCUCAUGCUUUACUUUUACUAUACGAUGUCACCAAUAAAACCACAUACGAUAAUAUACGGGCCUGGUUGUGCGAAAUACGAGAUUGUGCUCAAGAAGACGUAGUCAUAGUACUCAUAGGCAACAAAUCAGAUUGUAGCAGCAGUGAGAGGCAGGUGAAACGAGAGGAUGGCGAACGUUUGGCACGUGAACACAAUGUACCGUUCAUGGAAACCUCUGCAAAAACAGGAUUAAAUGUGGAAUUGGCAUUUCAAACAGUUGCUAGACAAUUAAAGAAUCGUGGCUAUGAUAAUGGUGAUGAUGGCAAAUUUAAUGUCCAUGAAUUUGUGCGAGAUAAUACAAAAGCUAAAAGUAUAUGUGCUCAGUGUUCUUUUUAAAUUUAUAAAACAAUAAAUUUAAA